CGUCAGUAAACUGUGCCCUCAGUACGCGGGCGUUGUGAGGGAGAGCGCUGAGCAGUGUGUGUCGUUGUGAUUCCCGGUUGAACGGUGCACUGUGCUACGCUGAGAAAUGUCGAGCGACUUUUACCUGAGAUACUAUGUGGGACAUAAGGGGAAAUUUGGGCACGAGUUUCUGGAAUUUGAGUUUCGACCCGAUGGGAAGCUACGAUACGCCAACAACAGCAAUUACAAGAACGAUGUCAUGAUCAGAAAAGAGGCAUAUGUACACAAAAGUGUGAUGGAGGAACUGAAAAGGAUAAUAGAUGACAGUGAGAUCACUAAGGAAGAUGAUGCACUGUGGCCACCACCUGACAGAGUGGGCAGACAGGAGCUGGAGAUUGUAAUAGGAGAUGAACACAUUUCAUUCACAACCUCCAAGAUUGGGUCCUUGAUUGAUGUCAACCAGUCCAAGGAUCCAGAGGGGCUCAGAGUAUUUUACUACCUGGUUCAAGACCUUAAAUGUCUUGUCUUCAGUCUCAUUGGUUUGCACUUCAAGAUCAAACCCAUCUAAGAGUGAAGAUAUUUCUUAUGAUUCGUGUGUGCUUGCUUUGGAUUAUUUGUACAUUGCUUUGGGGAAACUUUUUUUAUUUUAAAUAAAAUAAUGAAUGAAAACGUCUCAUA